AUGACGACUCAGAAUGAGAUGUUUUACGACCUUAACCAGACACAGUCUAAUCCCGGUGAUACAAAUCAAAUAGUAAUCAUUCCUGAUGAGGGCCGAUGCCGAUUGCCGAAGAAAAAAGAUGCAACUGGUGGUAAGAAGGGAAAAAAUCUUGCCAAAGAAAAAGAAAGGCAGAAAGUAACAAAGAAGAUGAAACGUCAACUGGUUGCAGUGCAGCAGAGGAAAGCGAACAAGCUCACGCAAGAAGAAUUAUUCGCCAGCUUAGCUGAAUAUCAGUUAGAUGCGAAGAAGUUGAACCAACUUGCUUCAUCAAGUCACAUUGAGGAUGCCCGCUUUCCGACUAAGAUAAAAGUAUUUUCGUCGAAAACCGUGCUGCCUACAUUAUUCCAUCAAGAAGAACCCACAUUACAGCAUUACUAUCCAACUGACGACGAGAGUAGUGAUGAGGAAGAGCUUGGAAGAAGCGAUUCUAUUCAGGUAGACAGUGUAGAUAGUACCUGUAAUAAGGAAGAAGUCAAUAAGUGCGAUGACAGUUUAUCAAAUGGGUCAAAGAUCACCACGGUGAAGAGGAAGCGUGUCAUAGUCGCUAGAGAUUCCGAAAUAGAAGCUAAACGUUCGCAGCUACCCAUAUAUUCUGAGGAGAUUCCGAUUAUGGAGGCAAUCGAUGAGAACAUUGUAACGAUUAUUUGUGGUGAAACGGGAUCCGGAAAGACUACUCAAAUCCCUCAGUUUCUUUACGAAGCAGGUUACGCAAACGAUGGUCAGCUGAUUGGGAUCACUGAACCGCGGCGAGUAGCAGCUAUUUCUAUGUCCGAACGUGUUGGGCAGGAGUUGGGUGCACCUGACGAAGUUUCUUACCAGAUACGUUAUGAAGGAAAUCGUUCGGAUAAGACACGAAUCAUAUUCAUGACUGAUGGUGUACUGAUGAAAGAGAUGGAGUCUGAUAUUAUGCUGAAGAAGUAUUCUGCUAUUCUCAUAGAUGAGGCUCAUGAGCGGUCGAUGUACAGCGAUGUCCUGAUCGGGAUGUUGAGUAGGAUUGCGCCGCUUCGUGGUAAAACAUCCAACCCUCUAAAGUUGAUUAUCAUGUCAGCAACCCUUCGACUUGAAGAUUUCACCCAUAAAAGAUUGUUUCCCGUUUUGGAACCAAAAGCUGUACAGGUGGAAGCUAGACAGUUCCCAGUUACAGUACAUUUUGAGAAACGUACGCCUGACGACUACAUGGCGGCUACCUUCAGAAAAGUAUGUCGAAUUCAUGAAGCACUACCAGACGGUGGAAUUUUGGUGUUUGUUACUGGUCAGCAAGAAGUGAACUAUUUGGUGAAGAAACUUAUCGCUAGAUAUACUAUUCUAUAUUAUAAAAGCAAAGAUGGCCACGUAUGUCUGCAUGGCAGUAAGAAGUGGAAAAGAAAACGAUUAGAGGAGACAGAGGAUUUGAAAUUAGAAGAUUUCGACGAAAACGUGUGUCUUAAAGUUGUGAAAUAUGACUUCCGAGGAUUUCGUUGCUGUUGUACAAGAGCUGUGAGAUUUAACUUGAGAUAUGUAAACUUAUUGCACAGUACAAUACCUCAUCCACCGAAGGACUGUCAACCACUUUAUUGUCUUCCCUUGUACUCCUUGCUGUCGUCGGAGAAACAACGAAGAGUGUUUCAGCCUCCACCGGAUGGUUCUAGAAUGUGUGUUAUUGCAACCAAUGUGGCAGAAACAUCUUUAACAAUUAGUGGUAUUAAGUACGUUGUGGACAGUGGAUUUGAAAAGCGUAGACUUUACGAUCCUGUUACCGGUGUAUCCCAGUUUGUCGUAGCGCGUAUAAGUAAGGCAUCAGCCGAUCAAAGAGCAGGUAGAGCGGGUCGCACAGCUGCUGGACAUGCAUAUAGGCUCUAUUCAUCAGCUGUAUUUCAAACUUUUGAAGAAUUCUCUCGUCCUGAGAUCCUUAACAAGCCACCUGAUCAACUAGUUCUACACUUGAAGUCGAUGAAUAUUGUUAAGGUUGUCAAUUUUCCGUUUCCAUCUGCACCUGAUUCUGAGGCAUUAGAAGCAGCUGAGAAACGUUUAACAAAAUUAGGAGCAUUGGAGGUUACAACGAAAAAUGGAAAGACCGAAGCCCGUAUCACUCCAUUGGGUCGCACACUGUCAAUAUUUCCACUUGCACCUGCGUACGCGAAAGUUAUUGCUAUGGCGAAUCAACACGGGCUUUUGCCCCACGCUAUUCUACUCGUUGCCGCGCUUUCCGUACGAGAGCCAUUGAUUCCUGUUUCAUCGAUUCGUGGUGAAAGUGUUGAGGAAACAAAGGAAAAGAUGACCCAGUUGCUAAAGAUGAGAAGGGAAUGGUGCGGAAAGGGUCCUGGUCGUCGUCUAGGAGACCUUCUAGUUUUGAUGCGUGCUGUUGGGUGUAGUGAGGCGGAAAGGUGCAUCAUGCAUGGAUUGAGGCACAAGGCAAUGUUGGAAAUACGAAAACUUCGAACACAGCUGACAAAUAUUGUAAAUACGUCAUUCAAGCAGUCUACUGAUGUUGUCAUGGAUCUUUACCUCCCUCCUCCAUCUGACUUACAAGUGCAAUUGUUACGACAAAUUAUGGUGGCGGGACUGGCAGACCACAUUGCUCGGCGUGUAGACCGUUCAUGUGACAAUCAAGAGGUACCGAAAGGAGCUUAUCAGACCAUGAAGUUGCAGGAAUUUGUUUUCAUCGAUCCAUCUAGUGUAUUAUAUACGGAUGAGCCGGAUUAUGUCAUCUAUCAGCAAGUGGUUCAAAUGAAAGAUCGACUGUGCAUGCAGGUUUUGAUGAUGGUCGAUCAUGAGUGGUUGACUAGAUUGGCUGAGAAUUACUGCGAUUUCUCCCCAGUGGAUCCUGAAGAGGCUCCAAGAUAUGACGCCGUAAAAGAUCAAAUAGUGAAGCGUGUAGAAGUUACAUUUGGUCCAUUGAAAUGGAGUCUUAAUCCUGUUGAUCGGCCUGUUCCUAAUGAUAUUAUGCUGUAUCGAUACUUUGCUCAAUUUUUGUUAGCUGGAGAGUACGUGCCAAAAAUGUUGGCACCGCCCACAACUAUGGUCCGGUCAUGGGCGAAGCUGCAGAAGAGGACCGAAACUCUUCUAAACGCUCUUGUGUCAAAGGAGGUAGAGUCCAGAUUGAUAGCUGAGUGGCACAAAAAUGAAGACUAUCUACUUGAAGAGUAUUUGGAAUGGCUACCUGAAUCGUUGCAUGGUCAAGUGACUGUUAUGUGGCCUCCUAUGAAGCGGAAAAGUUCUAAAAUGGGAAGGAAUAAAUUUUAUACCAGAGUUUGA